AUGGGGGGCCUUAGACCCUCCGACAGGCUCCCAUCUCUCCUUCUGACUGUGGGUGGUCUCAGCCUCGUCCAGGCCCAGAGUGAAUGCAACUGCUCCUCCGUGAGCCCGGGCGUGCUGGCCGGGAUCGUGCUGGGGGACCUGGUGCUGACCCUCCUCAUCGCCCUGGCCGUGUACUCCCUGGGUCGGCUGGUCCCUCGGGGGCGAGGGGCUGCGGAGGCAGUGACCCGGAAACAGCACAUCACGGAGACAGAGUCGCCUUAUCAGGAGCUCCACGGCCAGAGAACAGAUGUCUACAGCAACCUCAACACACAGAGGCCAUAUUACAAAUGA